AUGUCUCCCAACCCGUACCUCCUCGCCGCCGACAACCCGACGGCUCUGCUGGCCCUCCUCCGCGAGAACCCCGCCAUCGCCUCGGGCCAGGAUGAGCAUGGUUACUCUCUCGUCCACGCCGCCGCAAGCUACAACCACCUCGAGCUCCUGCGCGCCCUGAUCCGCGAGUUCAAUGUCGACGUCAACAUCCGCGACGAGGACGAGGAGACGGCGCUCUUUGUCGUCGAGACGGUCGACGCGGCCAAGUGUCUCGUCGAAGAGCUCGGUGCCGACAUCAACGCCAAGGGCUCCGAGGGAAUCACCGCUGCGCAGAAGAUCGAGGGCGAAGGAGACUUCCCCGAGAUCGCCGAGUACCUGAAGAGCGUUAAGUCGCACCGGACGGCCGACGCUGUCGAGGCGCACCAGAGCGAGUCCGCCGAGACCGCCGCCCCACCGGCAGAGCUGCCGCCCGUACCCGAAGGCCUUGCCGUGACGCUCGGUACCAUGGACCAGGCUGAGGAGGUCCCCGCCGAGGUCGAUCCCGAGUUCAAGCGCAGGAUCGAGCAGCUUGCCGAGAGAGAAGACUUCCACACCGCCGAGGGACAGGCCGAGCUUCGCCGACUCGUUGAGGACGCCAUCCUCGACCAGGGACUCGGCGAUGAGCGCAGCGUGCGUCAGAAGCAGGGCUAG